CGGCUCCUCCCCGGAACAGCCGCCCCGCCCCGGAAAGGUCCCUCACAGGCGGCGGCGCGGCCGAUCCCGGUGCUGCCAAGAUGGUGCGGAAGCUGAAGUACCAUGAGCAGAAGCUGCUGCGGCGGUUGGACCUGGUGAACUGGGAGGCGUCGGGCGGGAACCUUGCGGAGGUGCGGGCGCUGCGGCGGUACCGCCUGGGCCGGCGGGAGGACUACGCGCAGUACAARGCCCUGGCCCGCUCCGUGCGCGUCCUGGCGCGGAAACUCCGCGACCUGGGCCCGGCCAGCGCCGCCUUCCGCGCCCGCUGCGCCGCCGCGCUGCUGGAGAAGCUGUACGGGCUGGGGCUGGUCAACAGCCGGCAGUCGCUGGCCGUGUGCGAGAGCCUCUCGGCCGCCGCYUUCUGCCGCCGCCGCCUGCCCUGCCUGCUGGUGAAGCUGCGCAUGGCGCAGAACCUGCGCCACGCCGUCACCUUCGUGGAGCAGGGCCACGUCCGUGUGGGGCCCGAGGUGGUGACGGACCCCGCGCUCCUGGUGCCCCGCGCCGUCGAGGAUUUCAUCACCUGGGUGGACGCCUCACGCCUGCGGCAGAAGGUGCUCGACUACAACCAGGAGCGCGACGACUUCGACCUGGCGGCGUAAGGGCUGCCCUGCCUGCCCGGCUGCUCUGCCCCAGGACACACAGACCAGUCAAACCACGGCGGUGCCACCAUCGGCUGUGUGCAGCCAUCCCUUCCAGACACGCCUGCAAAGGGAGCCUGAAGGAAACUCUGUCCAGUGUCGGAUUGCCCUGCUCCUGGCUGCCUUUUGCAGCUGAUAGUUCCGUUCAUCCAUGCAGAGGAAGGAAAUUCCAUUACACAUCCACUGCUUUGAGAAUUCAUCCGGUGACCCAGCUGCCCCAUCAUCCUUGGUGUGCCCAGCACCAUCAUCAUCCUUGACAUUCCCAGCUUCAUCAGCCCAGCAGCUCAGCUUCAUCACCAUCCCUGGUGUGCCCAGCUCCAUCAACCUUAAAGUGCAUCUCUGUUGUCCUUACAUCCCCUAAAGCAAAAGUGCCUGGAAAAGUCUGCCCAGUCAAAAGAUAAGAAGUGGUCGGGUUUAAGUGCUUGGCAGCUCAACAGCAGCUGCUGGAAGGUGUUUUAAGCCAAGCCAAGUGGCWGUUUUAAGACUGCAUUUGGCAGCUUCGCUGCUCUUUUUCCAAGAAGUUGUCCUGAAUCUUCCUUUGCCUGUUGGAUGCACAGACUUGCUUCUGGAAGGGUUUUCCCAUGAUAUCAAGGGACAAGGAGGGAAUGCAGGGAUUCUUGGRGGUCAGCAGUAAACAAUGAGGCCAAAUACUGCAUAUCUGGAACUGUUAAAAGUUUUAGCCAAAAGCAGAAUUUUAAAAAAUACCAAAAACACCAACUCUACUUUCAUGUGAAGUUGUGAAGAGAAGUUUGAUGCUUUGAGUUCAGUGUCUUUGCUGUGUGGGGUUCCAGCUGACAAUUAUUUACAGAACAGGAUCUAUCUGGGGAGGUGUUGGAGCAAAAGCUGAUCUAAGCAUAACUGCAGAWUUGGGAGAACUUUUGCAUUUAGCACAUUAGUCAGAGGCUGUUGGGAACUUUGUUCCCCUUUGAUAAAAAAAAAAAMAARCAGAAAAAYGAAAAUAAAACUUGGGCUUUUUUAGUUGGUGAAGAAAUGUGUGGAGUAUUUUAUGAUACAGUUUCUCUGAGUUUAUUCUGAUUUUUAAAUGUUAUCRUAAGCCCUGUUUGCCACCUUCCAGAACUUUUUCUUCUUUUUAAUUUAGGUUUUUAUUUAACUGAUGUAAUCUUUCUAUGUAACUUGUAUAAGGGAUUUUUUAAAUAGCUACAAGGCUAUUAGUGAGUUUUAAAAUGUUUUUUGCCAGGAAUGCUCCUUUAUCAAGAGCUAUCAAAGGAUUKGGGAGUAGGUUUAGGAGCAGAACUGUGACUGUCCAGCCCAAAUCUGAAGAGCUGAAGUUCAGCUGCUGCCAAAACUCUGGAUUUGGAUGCUUUAACG